GAAGGGCACAAAAAACAAAAUAAAGAACGUCAUACUAUCUGUCUCCCCUCCCCCAAUCUCAACGAGGCUCUGACAAAUUGUGCUGCGACUCGGACUCAGUGUCCGCACACGUAAAAAAAUAGCCGAAAAAUAAGUGAAAGAAAAAAUUGGCCGGUUCAGCUUACAUUUUUCACUUAAGCACUUUAAGCGCUUUUUUCGUGCGCAGCUCGCCUCUCUUUUUUAUUAUGCUUGUUUGGUACGCACGCGUUUUGCGAUCUUCUACGAUUUUGUCUAUUUUUCUUCAACACUGCUGCAUUAAAUUUCUUUUCUCUACACGCAUUAAUAUUUCCUUGCUUCUCGUAAGCAAGUCAGCCAUGUUAUCAUCAUCAUCCGCAGUGUUUGGGCUGUCGGCAAGCGACGGAUAUCCCGAGGAAUACCGGCUAUUAGAGCUAACGCCCGAGAUUGUCGCACAACUAGAGUCACAAUCACCAACAUCAACGAGCAACCUGAGAGUGCGCGGCCGAGCAACCGACGUCGCCACACUCAUCGACCUCGAAGACAACGCCUACAACCUGCACACAUCACACACAUCCAACAACCUUUACCUUCUGACAACCGAACCAGCAACAGAACCUCAGGGAUUUUCCGCCCUGGUGCUGCGCUCAAAGACCAACCAAACCCUGGAACUGCAAAAGAUCCGGCCACAAAUACGUGCAAGAGUCGUUGAGGUUCUGCAGUGGGACGAGCGCGGACCCUUUCGUGGCACAGAGUUUGACCAGCAGCGCAUGGACGAAACCACGCCGCCGCAGCUGCGCAGCAGUGAAGAGCACGGUCGGGGCGAGCAAUGGGGCAGUGUACAGAUUCCCACAUCGCUUGUGCGUGACAUGGCUUAUGCCUCUACACCAAUUGACGCCAACCUACUGUAUAGCACGGGCGGCGUGUCUUUUCACUCGACUCUACUGAACCCUUUAUUCCGCAGCUCGCUUCCAAAUGAGCCGAGGUCCAGGCUGCAACGCUUGUUUGAGAUCAAGCCGCGGUGGUCUAGAUCAGAGGUGCGGCCGUUUCUCGAGGAUCUCGUUGAUGUUGAUUUGGAUUUGCUCGAGACCGGCGAUGAGAAGACUUUUUUGGCCGCUGGUAAGACUAUUGACACCUGGCUGAUCAAGUUUGGCCGCGGCGUCAAAAGCUCCUCCGGAGAAAUGGUUUACUCGAGCAGGGUCAACUAAAAUUUUAAAAAAAAACCAAUUUUUUUGUCGUAUUGAAACAGUUACGCUCGUUUUUACAUGCCAGACCAUAAAGCAUAGGGUUGCUAUGACCA